GGUAGCUUACGGGCUGGCUUCCUCUCGCACCCGCACACCCCCGCACACCUGGCUCACGCUCAGUUCCCGUGGAGGGUCCGCGAGGCCGACGCUUACCGCCCACCGAGAUGGAUAAUUCAGCGUAUGUGCCGAAUCAUCACCCGCCACCGUCCCUGGUCGUGUUUUCACAGCCCGGGGGGCUCCCCGAGGCCCUGAGAAUGCAAAGACCCUUCAAUCCACAAAUCGCAGACUCGAAGGACUUGCAGAUCCCGUUCAGCACAGCGGCCAGCCUGGGUUACGGGCUCCAUCACAUGCUCCACCUGCCGCCCCAAUUUCUGCACCCCCUGUCGGCCCAGUUCGACUCUCGACUGCCGUUCAGCGCCUUCCGCCCCCUGGGGCCCUCGGCCUUCGCGCCCCCCAGUAAGCGGCUCAAGGUCGAGACCGGGAGCAGCACGGUCUCCGCGGGGAGUCUGGACUCCCUCUCGGGCAUGUCCAACAUGUUCUCGCCGUCGCUGCCGUCCGGAGGCAUCGGGGCGACGGUGUCGGGGCCGGGCGCCCCCGAGGUCGCGCCGCAGAGUCCGGCCGGGUCGGCCAGCCGGUCGCCCCCCGGCUCGACCCCCGGCCCGGUCGCGCCCCCCAACCGCGGCCCGACUCCCGAGGAAGAGGAGCGCGACGCCGACGCCACCCCCGGCUCCGAGAACACGGAACGAUCCACCCCCGAGGAGGGACGGCCCUAUAGACUGGGGCAUGUGUUCGGGGGCCGAUGCGGCGCGGAGGCGCUCGGACUGGGCCUGGGGCUGCCGCUGGGCCCGGCCUACAGGUUCGCUCUGCCCCCGGUACUCGCUGCCAAGACCACCCGCUGCCUUGUGUUCGACCAAGGUAAAAAGAAAUUCCCAUCGGACCCAUCGUGCUGCCCGGUGUGCGGGGUGACGGUGAGGCCUCAAGAAUUGGAGCAGCACUUCGCUCAGGAGGUGGAACGACUUUACAAAUUGUCCACCUCGUCGAGGGGAAGGUCGAGAUCUACCCUUCCACCUGGACAUCCUCCGGAGCACCCUCACGGUCCGAUUCUCCACGCACCCUCGACGGCGGAUGGGACGCCCCAUGGAAGAUGGGAGACCUACAGGAGGAUCAGGGCUAACCGAGAGGCCAGAAUUCGACCGAAGAAUCGCAAGAGGAAGGCGGACGAGCCUUCGUGUCCGGUUUGCAGCGAACGACUCUCCGGAAGUCCCGCGGAACUUAAUCAACACGUGGAGCGUUGUUUGAACAAACAAAACGGCAAUCCCACGGGCCAGAGCAACAAUCCCGACGAAGAGGAGGUCGACGUCGAAGGGGACACCGAAACGUUCGAAGAGUACGAAUGGGCCGGACAGAAAAGAGUUCGCGCCACUUCGAUGCUAGUCGGUGGUUUUUCUGCCGCUGGCUUGGCAACUUCCUCGACGGCCCGGGGUUCCGGGGGCGGAGGGGCAGGAGGUGGUGGAGGCCCGGGAAACCAAGAGGAGGAGGACGUGGACCUGGUCGUCGACGGCGAUGAUGCCGCCCAGUUCGGUCCGGCUCAGUACUCCGAGGCCGACGUCGUCACCCCCAGGAUCGAGGGGACCCCCCGCGAGCAGAAGGAACGAGAGGCCCUUAGAGAGGCCGUUAUUUCGCCAAAUGCAUCCCACACCCCUCACCCACCACACACGCCACCCGAUCAGAUACACGGGUCCCAAGUCGAAGUAAAGCCCGAACCUGGCACCACGCCGUCGACGCAACAGGGCGAGCUCGACGACGGAGUCCCGACCCCUCCUGCGGGAGGAAGGAACGGAGAGACGCCGGUCGUCGAGGCUCUUCGAGGUCGGAUUCGAGAACUGGAGGCCGAAAUGCGGGGACAACCCUUCAAGUGUCUCAUUUGCCUGGAACAGUACAAGAAACCCGUAACCUCUGUGUGCUGCUGGCACGUACACUGCGAACAAUGUUGGUUGCACACCCUGGGUGCAAAAAAGUUAUGUCCCCAGUGCAACAUGAUUACGUCGCCCGCGGAUUUACGGCGUAUUUACAUGUAAACAAUGCAUUAAAGAUAUCAUUUGAAGGAUCACGGUGGAAAUAUAUAUACAUACGUCUACAUAUAGACACAAUACUCUCAUGGUCAUCGACUCGAUCAUCUCGUCGAUCAUGAUCCAUUCGUAAGAGUGCUUGCGUUCGUUUACCUCGUCACGUCGCGAGCAAGUUGUACAUUUGUAUAUUGCUAUAUAAAUUAACUACGAAAUUACCAUUACGUAUUUAGUGUUAGUAAAUUAACUUCUAGGUCAUAAUGCAAUUAGGUAUUAUUACAAUUGUCAUUGCCACUCAACCUCCCUCCCUUCUUCCCUUCGUCAUUAUUCUUACGAUUAUUAUAAUUAUUAUUAUUGCUGCUAUCGGAUGAUUAUCAUUGUUGUUGUUAUCGUUAUUUACCGAAGCGAAGAAGAUCCCAAAGCAGAGUAAACAUGAUAUGCCCGUGUGAAGAUUUGCUAGCCAAAUGAGGAUCGAAAGAGGGGCACUCCCCAGAUUCAGGAGAGAUAACCUAAAUACUGGGAUAUUAGAUAGGAAACUUGUCGCCGUGUUGCGAGCAAAACUUGAAAUUCUAAAUGCAUAUAAAUAUAUAUAUUGGAGUAUCUCUCGUCGCGAGAAGGAUGUGGUUUUUUUUUUUUUUUAAUAAAACCGUUCGUCGUCUAGAUCUAUUUUAGGUGCCCCAAAAGUUUAGAAGUCGAAGGAAUCUUGAAUGGAUAUUUUGCUUGCAAGACGGUAUUAAAUUGAGAAGCCGUUGCGCAAUAGGCCGAAAACGGCUCGUUAAUGGUCGAAAUUGCUGCGAAUAAUAAUUUCUAUUUUUUGUUCCCGCGGAAGAUGAAUCUAAUUUAUUUCCGAUUACGCCAGCUAGGCGCGAUCCUAUUAUUUUUCACCAAUUUGCAACUAACGAAUUCGCCUCGUUGCUUCCGACGUUAUUGGCCUUGAUUUAUUUACUUUUGCCACUCUUUCAUUUUUGUUCCGUUCUCAAGCAGGAAUUAAUAUUAGGCGAAAUUGAAAGAAAGAUAACUAAUCGCGUCUACUCGAAGCUGUCUUUUACGACACCGAUGACCAUUAGCUAACUGUUUUCGAUAUAUUCAAUAUUCGUCGAUAAUCUGUAAAUACACGCGCAUUGCGCGCAACUGGAUCUACACACGUACGCACAUGCGCUCGCACACAACCACACACGCAAAGCUGUUCUGUAUUCAAUAA